GUUCUUUGUGCUGUCCUCGUUGGUGUUGCUUCGUCUGUCAUGUGGGAGGAGCCUUUUGCCUCUCCUCUGAUCGUUAGAUUGUUUCAACAUCGGCUCCAGCCCCGCAGUUAUGAUCUCGAUUGAGACCGGCGGAUCCUCGGUCGUCGUCUUCUUUUGCUUGCCAUUUUCUUCAUUGUCGGAGUGAACAGCGGUUCUUCUUCUUCUUCUUUAAAGCCCAGUCUUUGGCCUGAAACGUGUGGUUGUUCGUGUUCUGAAGAUCACGCAUUGCUCACUCAGUGUAUCGCCCGCAUGCGCCGUUCAGCGUGGGUGUUGAGUGACGAUUGUGCGUCGACGUAGCUCAGAGAACCUUUCUUCCUGAAGACGCUGCACCGAUUUUUCUCUGUUUUGGAACCGUUUCGAUUCACUAAAAACGAGGUGCUUCCUUCCGUGCCGCAAAGCAUAAGCAUCAUGUGGGGGCUCGCAAGCCAGGCGCGGUCCCGGUCAGCCCGCGUCGCCGGGCCAGGACCGUGUCGUUUCGCUUCGAGAAAGAGCGAGAGUUUGCGAACAAUCUUUCCAACGGUUUUUCCGCGAGAAGGAUCAGGCGCCCCCAGAGGCACAUCUCGAGUGUCUGCCUCCGUGUCUCGUGUGGCUCCUCGCCUCCCUUCGUGGCACUGUCGUCCGGCCCCAGCCGGAAGCCCCGACAGCUAUAGGGUAGCGUUUUACCAGUAUCUUUCAGCAUUCCCCUCGACCCGCCUUUUCUCGUCCAUGCCGAGAAGUGAAACGGACCCCCAAUACGCGUCAGGCGGCAGCUCCCCCGAGCACCCGGGUGCAGCGGGAGGGAACGGUCCAGCCUACUACAGCGACCCCAAGAGUUCUUUCGCCUCCGUCAACCCCCCCGCAUACACAGGUCAAGCGCUUCCUCCCCUCUCCUCUGAUUCUUGUCCGUACCCCUACUCGCCUUCCUCGUAUUCUCCUGACCUGGGACCGGUGACGUCGCCCUCUGACCAGGCGUUCCCUCCCUCCUAUGAUCCUUCCUACUCCCAGGGCCAGCCUCACGCGUAUGCGCCGCUCCAACCCCCUCAUAACGCGUACCCUCCCCCCAAGCACGACCCUAGCUACAGUGUGUACGGAGGACAGAAUGCCACAGGCUUCGGCGCCCCCACAUACAGCCCCCCAGCCCCCUGCCCUUCUUACGGCGCCCAAGCAGGCGCCCCGUACCCGCCACCGGGCGGCUACGCGCCCAACCCCGGGUACCCUGGCAGCCCCGCGGGUCCCUGGGCCUCAGGCCCCGGGGCGGGACCCCGGCGGGGCCACGCACCUGGUUACGGCGACCAGCGGUCGCGAGGCACUGAGGCACCUUGGCGCCACAGCCAGCUGAGUCAGGAUGGGAGCCGCCGAGGGAGGUACGACGCAGGGGCGAUGGGGUCGCACCUCGUCGAGCCAAAGUGGAGUGAAGAGCAGUUGGCCCCGAUCGAAAAAGACUUUUAUGUGGAGCAUCCGAGCGUCGCUUCUCGGACAGAUGAAGAGGUGGCGGCAUUUCUCGAAGCGAACGCGAUGCGUAUCGAUGGCCAGGAGCCGAAGCCGCGACCAGUCUUCUCCUUCGAGGAGACGGGGUUCCCCACCGCGAUCCAGAACCAACUAAGGAAGAUGAACUUCGCGGAACCGACAGCGAUUCAAAAGAUCGGCUGGCCCACCGCUCUGAGUGGUCGGGACAUGAUUGGCAUUGCCCAGACCGGAAGCGGAAAGACCCUCGGCUUCCUCCUCCCUGGCCUCGUCCACGCCGCGGCCCAGCCUCCCCUUGCCCAGGGCCAGGGGCCAAUUGUCCUCGUGCUCGCGCCCACGCGCGAAUUGGCGAUGCAAAUUCGCCACGAGUGCAUGCGCUUCACCGAGGGCCUUUCCCUCGCCUCCUCGGAAGACCCACAGCGAGCGGACACAAAGUUCCGCACCGCCUGCGUGUACGGAGGCGUCCCUAGACAGGGGCAAGCGACCGAGCUGAGAAACGGCGCUGAGAUCCUCAUCGCCACCCCAGGCCGACUGAUCGACUUCCUCGAUCUCGGCGUCACCAAUCUGAAGCGCGUCUCCUACAUCGUCCUCGACGAAGCAGACAGAAUGAUGGAUAUGGGCUUCGAGCCUCAGGUGCGAAAAAUCUUCUCUCAAGUUCGCCCAGAUCGCCAGACCCUUCUGUGGUCCGCGACUUGGCCUAAGGAGGUCCGAGGUCUGGCGAGCGAGUUCUGCCGGACAAGAGUUGUCAAACUGCAAGUGGGGAAAGCCGACCUACAAGCCAAUGCGAAUGUCACCCAGCGCAUCGAAGUUGUUUCUUCGAAUCAGCUGCAGCAUCGCCUUCUGUCAGUUCUGCAAGAAGAAGUCACCGGACAGAAAACUCUCAUUUUUUGCGAGACGAAACGCCAGUGUGACCAACUGUGCCGCGAGCUCCGAUACCGCCAACUCCGCGCCCUGGCCAUUCACGGAGACAAGGAACAGCGUGAACGCGACAGAAUCCUCCAUGACUUCCGGAAAGGCGACUGCGAGAUUCUUCUGGCGACUGACGUGGCAAGCAGAGGCCUGGACAUUCAAGAUGUGAAGUUCGUCAUCAAUUACGACGUUCCGAAAAACAUUGAGUCGUACAUCCAUCGCAUCGGGCGUACGGGACGAGCUGGGAACAAAGGAACUGCAAUCAGUUUCUUUCAGUACGACUUCUACUCGCCAGAAAAGGUCACUAUGGCUCGGAAGAUCUGUGAGGUGAUGCGCUCCGUUGGCCAAGAGCCGCCAGCGGACCUCGAGAAGAUCGGCGCACCUCGAGCUCCAUCCAAAAGCAGAAUGUAGAGUGACAAAACGAGGGAAACUGACGGGGGAACGGAUUGCGAGCAAAGCGUGUGUGUGUUUGUGACAAGAAAGGAGCAUGCAGAGUGUUUUUUGUUGAGGACUCGUUUCACCUCUUUUCUUGUUCUGUCCACUCCAGUUCGUUUCGUUGGUUCUGGCGUUUGUCGAGGGAAUUCAAAUGCACCGGAAAAGGUGCAGAAACUGGAUGGUACUGAAUGGGCAGUACAUCGUAUUGCUGAAAUGCAGAGUCGUUUUUCGUCAGUCGUCUUCAUCAUUCAGGUUCUUUUGCUCUGACGUCUCUUUUCCCGC